GAGAGAAAUAGCGUACCGUUUUAUGAUCGGAGACGGGGGCAUAAUGGAGGAGUCAAGCGUUGAAGCUUCUGAGGUAACGCUAGGCCAGCUAUUGAAGUAUGCCGGCGAUGCCGAGAAGGAGGUUACCGGAGAAGAGACUGCGGCGGCUAUUCCGGCCAACGAUCAAGUCGUUGAAGUGAACGGUUCUGGCAUGGAGGAACGUUCUCUUCCUUUCGUCCUCUCCUUCAACAACCUUACCUACAGUGUGAAAUCCCGGCGCAGAUUGAAGCUCCGGUGGGGUAUUAUUCCAUGCUGGAACAAAGUCAGCGUCUCCGCAACCCCUGCGGCGGCGGCGGGGAAAAAGUUGCUCCUCAAUGAUAUCUCAGGGGAGGCGCGUGAAGGAGAAAUCUUAGCUGUUCUCGGCGCGUCGGGAUCCGGAAAAUCCACUCUCAUAGACGCGCUGGCGUGCAGGAUUUCUAAGGAGAGCUUGAAAGGAGCAAUCACGCUCAACGGGGAGCCGUUGGACUUCCGGCUACUGAAAGUGAUAUCAGCUUACGUCAUGCAAGACGAUCUUCUGUAUCCGAUGCUCACUGUCGAAGAGACGCUCAUGUUCGCGGCGGAGUUCCGCCUCCCGCGGACUCUCACGAAUUCGAAGAAGAAGAUGAGAGUGGAAGCGUUGAUUGAUCAACUAGGUCUCCGUAACGCCGCGGGGACGAUCAUCGGCGACGAAGGCCACCGCGGAGUCUCCGGCGGAGAGAGGCGGCGCGUCUCGAUCGGAAUCGAUAUCAUUCACGAUCCGAUCAUUCUGUUCCUCGACGAGCCGACUUCCGGCCUCGAUUCCACCAGCGCUUUCAAUGUAGUCAAGGUUUUACAGCGAAUUGCUGAGAGCGGAAGCAUUGUUAUCCUGUCGAUUCACCAGCCGAGUUCUCGGAUCGUCGGAUUACUCAACCGCCUGAUUUUCCUCUCCCGUGGAGAAACGGUUUACAGCGGAUCUCCGGUCAAUUUGCACCAAUUCCUCUCAGAUUUCGGGCAUCAAGUUCCAGAAAGCGAAAACCGGGUCGAAUUCGCUCUAGACCUAAUCCGCGAACUCGAAGGUUCACCGGAAGGGACGAAAAGCCUGGUCGAGUUCAGCCGGAGAUGGAGCGAUGGCCGGAACUCCGAACCGGCGGUUCACAGUUUGUCAUUGAAAGAAGCUAUCAAUGCCAGCGUUUCUCAAGGGAAGCUAGUAUCCGGUGCUACAAACGACGCUAAUAAUCCGGUUUCAUCAGUGCCGGCAUAUGCUAAUUCACUCUGGACAGAAAUGGCGGUUUUAUCAAAACGGUCCUUCAGAAAUCUGCGGCGAAUGCCGGAGAUCAUAGGCUUCAGACUCGGAAUAGUUUCGAUUACCGGUUUCAUCUUAGCCACAAUGUUCUGGCGGCUCGACAAUUCCCCUAAAGGAAUCCAGGAAAGGCUAGGGUUUUUCGCGUUCGCAAUGUCAACCACUUUCUACACCUGCGCCGAUACAUUACCGGUGUUCAUCCAGGAAAGGUAUAUUUUCCUCCGUGAAACAGCUCACAACGCGUACCGGAGAUCAUCUUAUUGCCUCUCCCACGCUCUGGUAUCCAUCCCGAUGCUUAUUAUCCUCGCGUUCGUAUUCUCCGCCACCACAUUCUGGGCGGCAGGGCUCGGCGGCGGAGCCUCCGGCUUCUUCUUCUACUACGCCAUCAUCCUGGCCUCAUUCUGGGCCGGAAAUUCAUUCGUCACAUUCCUCUCCAGCGUCGUCCCAUACAUCAUGCUCGCAUACAUCCUCGUCGUCGCAAUUCUCGCCUAUUUCCUCCUCUUCAGCGGAUUCUUCAUGAACCGCGGCCGGAUCCCGCUCUACUGGAUCUGGUUCCACUACAUUUCUCUGAUCAAAUACCCCUACGAAGCCGUCCUGCAAAAUGAAUUUGAGGAUCCGACCAAAUGCUUCGUCCGAGGAGCGCAGAUGUUCGACGAAACGCCGCUCAGCGCCGUGCCGAACGCUUUGAAGGAGAAGCUCCUGGCCGCUUUGGGCGACACCUUGAAGAUGAGGAUCACGAGCUCCACGUGCGUGACCACCGGCGCCGACAUUCUGGCCCUGCAAGGAGUCACCGACUUAAGCAAAUGGAACUGCUUGUGGAUCACCGUUGCAUGGGGUUUCUUCUUUAGGAUUUUGUUUUACUUCUCGUUGUUGCUGGGAAGCAGGAAUAAGAGGCGGUAA